GUCGAAGAUGUUACGUGCAGUGACGUCUGGUAGUGGUGGCUAAAAUGGCGGAUCGAGUGAGCCAACUUCAAGACGCUUUGAACGAGGUAUAGUGUCCAGCUCCGUAGUUUAAUUGUUCAUAUCAUGUUUGUAUAUUGUUACUUUAGAAUAUUUAUAUGCUUUGAACAACCUUAAGUUUUAUGCAUUGAAAUUGUUACCUCACUCUCCGAUUCGAGUUUUAUUAUAAACUCGAUGCAUAUUGUCUUCACGCUAUACACAUCACACAUGUAUAUUUAUUAUGUUGUAUUAAGUACAAACUCAGUUUAUAUGCGGAGAAAAAUAAACUAAGUCGUUGUCAGAAGACAAAAGGAAGAAUGAUAAUAGUUUAUACAAUUUAUGAAGUGAUAGUUUGGUAUAUAAAGGCUAGUUUUGUUUGGGACCGUCGACAAUGCGAUGGGGGGGUAGAUUAGAAUCCUUGAUUACAAAAUAUUUGGGACGAAAACUGACUUUAGAAAUAUAAUACGAAGAUCAGAAGGAAAUGUAGUACAUUUUAAAUAAUAUACUCACAAAAAGUUUGGAGGCAAAAAGCGGACACAGCUCAACAACAAUACUUCGUUUGUCGUUUGAUAUUUCCAUUUUCGAAGUACAUAACCUAUGACGAAACCCAUUACGGUUAAUUCCAAUUUGAUUUUUGUUGCCGCUGGAAUAACUGAUCGCGGCCGAAUAUUUUGUGUUAACUUUUCUGACUUUAUAGUUCGCAGUUCGACACAACCUUUCUUUCGUUCAAUCGGGGAUAUAAAUAUUGCAUUUGUGAACAACAAAUCGGGUAUUUAUUUAAAUUUUAUGUUGCUUACAACUGCUAAACAAUACGGAAACUAGUUUUUAUUUAUUACAAGCUGAUUGUAAUGUUAAAAGUCAGCAUUACAUACUGUAUUCUUGCCUAUAGUAGACCGCUCACAGUCAUAUUUCGGAUAAUAUUUUGGACCAUAAUUUCGAUUCUCUUUGGGUUUUUUACUUGUCCACGAUGAGGUAGGGGGGGAGGGGGUUCAAACAAUCACGGCUCAAGUCCGCGAUGCGGGACGAAAUCUAUAUGUCGACGGCCCCUUAAAGACAAGCACCUAUGGAAUAACUUAGGGCCACGUCCAUAUUUAUCUUGCCACAAAUAACGUUGAAUCGAAGUUAUUUUUUCACCCACCCACCCACUCCAGAAAAUGUCGAUCAAUAUUCAGUCGUAUUUUGACUUUCAUAUUUAUGAUUCAAAAUUAGUUACUUUGGGUAUUAUUACCAGUGUGGAAAGUUUGUAUUGCAUGGCCACGAUAUUGGGCAUACAAUUUUGAUGCUUUCUAUAUAUUUACUAUUAAAUUUUCGAAAUCUCGGCCGCAAAAUUUCCAAACUCAGGGGUAUUAAUUGUCAAAUUGCCACGAGAUUAUGUCAAUAAGUUCAUAUAUAUUAUAAAACCCACCCACUCAUAAUGUUGAUUCGACGUUAUUUAUGCAGUCCUUGAAACUCAGGCCUGCAAAGUGAUAUGUGGCAAAAUUUUGCCGACCUACUUUCAAAUAUGUCUCGACAUUUUUUCCCGCGAAUGGAUCUUUCACAUGUACGCAUUUUCAACAGUGAUGUUUUAAUUAUCAAGUUUUGAUCAUUGACUUGCGUAGUCAAAAUAUGCUUUGCGAGUAUCAAAUUUAAUCCGUGUGUAAACAGUACAGUUUCAUUGUUGAAAGGUGAUGCUUGAAACUUUGAAAAGUAAGCAUACGUGUUACUAAAUAACUGUCGUUCCAAUUGAAGUGUUGCUCAAAUAUUGAUUCAAUACAUUACCUCGGGCUGACCAAUUCAUUUCAUCAAGUUCCUUGAGAUAUUCAUACACUUCCUAGUAUAAUUGUAAACUUCCUGUUGAAUAGUUUGAAUGCACCAAUCACCUUUGUUGUUUGUGCAACUAACCAAUCAUAGAUAGAAAGGAAGUGACCAGAGAUGAUCAAAUACUUGGAAUUGGCUCUUUCACAGGAAGUGUAUGAAUAUCUCGAGGAACUUGAUGAAAUGAAUUGGUCUGCCCGAAGUAAUGUAUUGAAUCAAUAUUUGAGCAACACUUCAAUUGGAACGACAGUAAAAUCAUCAAGCUUCAAGAUUUAAGCGAAAGUACCGGUAUAUGGUAAUAAAGUAGUGUACGCGGUCUGGCACAACAUUUGGUCACAACAUGCACUGUUCGAAUGGAGUUCAUAAAUUUUGCUAGUUGUUUUGUUUGCUAUUGGCAUUGAUUGCAAUUAAUUGCUGUUUAUAAAUACGCGUAUUUGCAGCAAGCAAAUUAAAAAUUGGAUAUUGUCCAUUAGUUUUCGGAAAAAACUUAAAAAAUAUCUUUUUAAUCUUUAACAUAUUAUCUUCUAAAUCCCUAACACCUAAUUUCUAUAAUAGUGUUUCUAUAAUUUAGAACAAAAAUGUUCCUUGCUUAGAAGAAAAAAAGUUCCUUGGAUUACAAGUGCUAUAAAGCAACUUAUAAUCACAAGGGACAGAUUAAAAAGAAAGGCCAUUAUUACAAACCUAGAGAUAGACUGGUUAAAUUACAAAACAACGAGAAACAAUUAAAGUUAAUAUUCAGCUAAGAAAUGCUAAAAAGAAUUAUUAUUCCACUAAAAUUUCUGAUCAAAAAUGGAAUCCUAAAGAGGCUUGGAAAACUAUAAACGAUAUACUAGGUAGCAAAGCAAACCAACAGUAGUAAAUGAGUUAAAAUUAGGUGAAAAUAGUUUGACAAAUACCAAAGAUAUUGUGGAGGGCUUUAAUAAUUAUUUUUCAAAUAUUGGCCCUGAUCUAGCUAGCAAAAUUGAUACUCCAAAUUUGAACUUUCAAAGUAACAUAUAUUGAAAAGACUAAAUCAGAAUUCAGUGCAUUCCAGCCAGUCACUGUCAGCAAUGUCUACCAUCUUUUACAUGGUCUUUCUAGCAACAAAGCCACUGGCAUUGAUAAGAUCUCCAGUAAAAUUAUUAAAAUAGCUGCACCUGCUAUUUCAGAUUCACUCACAUAUAUUUUCAAUCACGCUAUUAUCCUAUCCCUUUUCCCUCACGAAUGGAAAACGGCUAGAGUAAUGCCUCUCUAUAAAAAUGGCCAACGAAACCUGCCAGGAAAUUACUGACCAAUUUCAGUUCUGCCUGUCAUUAGCAAAAUUAUGGAACGAAUUCUGUACGAUCAGCUAUACAAUUAUUUAACCAAAUUUGAACUUCUGAGUGACUGUCAAUUCGGUUUUCGUAAAUUUCACUCUACAGCUACAGCAUUACUUGACUGUACAAAUGAUUGGUAUAUGAAUUUAGACCGCAAAAUGUUUAACCUGGUAGUCUUAAUUGACUUAAAAAAAGCAUUUGAUAUUGUCGACCAUCAAAUAUUAUUGAAAAAAUUAGAGCUUUACGGAAUAAAAGGACAAGCUCUGUCUUUUCUAGAAUCAUAUCUCUCAAAUAGAAACCAAAAAUGCCAAAUACAAGGAUCUGUUUCAUCAGAGAAAUUGAUCAAAUGUGGCGUGCCACAAGGCUCUAUUUUAGGGCCCCUAUUUUUUCUGUUAUACAUUAACGAUUUGCCUCAAUGCCUGGAUAAAACAAAACCUCGGUUGUUUGCUGACGAUACGAACCUGACAGUUUCUGGAAACUCUAUUACUGAUCUUGAAACUGCAGUGAAUUCUGAUUUGGAAAAACUUAGGAAAUGGCUAAUUGCCAAUAAACUUAGUCUAAAUGUUGCUAAGACUGAGUUUAUGUUAAUUGGUUCAAAACAAAUUAUUAAAAGUAUUUCAAAUUUGCAACUAAAUGUGAAAAUUGAAAACGAGUCAAUUAAACAAGUUUAUGAAUCCAAAACUCUUGGAGUGACAAUUGACCAGCAUUUAUCUUGGAAAACUAACACUGAGAAUAUUUGCAAGAAAAUUACAUCUGGAAUAUCGGCUCUUAGGCGUUUAAAAGAAUUUGCUGAUAAGCAAACACUUCUUUCUGUAUAUAAUGCUAUUGUUCGCCCAUAUUUUGAUUACUGCUGUGAAGUAUGGGAUGUGUUUGGAGAAACGCAACCGAAAAGACUCCAAAAACUACAAAACAGAGCUGCUCGGAUUAUUUUGAAUAUGAGCAAUGACAUAGAUCACUCUGUUGCAUUGCAAGCAUUGGGUUGGAAGCCACUUAAAACAGAAAGGAAGAAAAGUAAAGCAAAAAUCAUGUACAAAUUAUUGAAUAAAAUGGGACCCAAAUCACUCAGUAAUCUCUUCACAUAUAAGGGUGAGGUGACAAACUACAAACUUCGGAACAUUUCAAGUAGUCUUUGUUUAUCACAACCGCGUACUAAUAAUAUGAAAAAAAGUUUCGUGUAUGACGGAGCACACCUUUGGAAUUCUAUUCCUAAAGAAAUAAGAGAGAGCAAAUCCUUUUCUUCCUUUCGAAAGAAAAUCACUACUCACAUUGACUGAUAGCUAAUUAACAUAGAUGUUAAUAUUACCUGUAUAUAGAUUACUACCUUAGUUUGUUAGUUCAUAUAAUACUAUAUAUCUUAUAUAAUUUUGUAAAUAGUUUUAAAAUUCUUUUCUGUAUACUUUUCGCACGCCCCUCGUGGAAAUCAGCUUCGGUUGACGGGGUCAGCGUGUUUAAAUAAAGUUUAUCUAUCUAGUGUUCAUUAUACCUAUAAAUAUAUCACCCUUGUUAAAUCUCUCUUUCUGACAUAAUACACGUAAUGAUCAACUGUACUACAACUUUGAACAACUAGUUCUAAUUAUUGGACCAGGAACUGGUCCCCAAUCGCUGCUAAUCUUGUUGUUGUUGUUGUUGUUGUUGUUGUUGUUGUUGUUGUUGUUGUUGUUGUUAGAGGGCGACGCUCUUUGAAAAAACCCUAAGGCUCCGUCAUUACUUGUCUGAUCGGAAUGAAAUUUAACACAAUUAUUCUUAGCAAUAUUCCGCAUAGAUUGACGGUGUUCGAUUUUUCAUUUUUGACUUUAGAAGCAAGAUACAAGCAAUUUUUGACUGUAUUUGUAGCAAAUAAUAUAUACAUAUCAUUAAUAUUCAGCAAAUAUAUUACCAAACGCAAACGAUAAGAAAGACAUUGUCUUGUCUAUUGUUGUGAACACAAUCACAAUAGUCUAAAGCUUCUCGAGAGUGAGAAUGUGACUAGUAAAUUUAACACGCGCUGGCUUAGUUUCUCAAAGCGCAGAGGAGUAAUAUUGCUAUCUGGCUAUUAUACAGUACAGUAUAAUAUUCUUCAUAGUCCGAUAGAAAAUCGUGAACCGUAAAAACAAAGACAUGUAAAUUUGUUUUUAGCACAAGCAUGCAGUUAUGAAGCCAUGACUAAGCAAGAUGAAAUUGCAUUAACCUAGCAACAAUUCAGAUAAUUUGUUACCUUAACUUAAGCCUUGUACACGGCACGUGCACGACUGUAGCUGCAAUAUUUUGCAAUUAAUGGCACGCAAUGCACGGCAAAAUUUGAUGCACGGCAAAAGUUAGCUGACUUAGGCACGGCAUGUUUUUUGUAAAUAUUGUGGGACAUUUAACUUAUCUAUCGAAUUCAAAUGCAAGGAAAUACUUUUGAAAACUGCGCAUUUAGUUAUCAAUGCUUUGUCCAGAUUUGCACUAGACUGACAUUUUGCCCGGAUAAAGUAUACCUUGCAUGACCAAAUUAAAGCAAAACAUUUAGCGAACUCAGUCUACGUUGCCAACUUCGAAAAGAUUAGUUUCACAAGUGUAUAGUUAUUUGUUUAUCAAGUCAAAGUCUCGAAGGUUUUGAACAUUUAACGAUUUGCACAAGAUCGAAACUGGGUCACGCAGUUCCUGGUCCACUAUAGUACGAUCGUACUUGUUAUAUAAAUUGACGGUCACUAUAGGUAGAUGCUUAAUAUGUAAUUACACUAAUGAAUUCGGAUUUGUCUCCUAUUGUGCACGAAUUAUUCCGUUUAUAUGAAUAGUACGAUUAAGGUAGCCUAAAAUUAAUAAGCCUUAUGGUUUCUAUUGGGCUCCCUUGCGAAGUAUAAUGUAUAUUUAUUCCUUCUUUUGUAUGAUAUUAUUUUUUUAUGGCUAAAAUAAAUUUGAUUUGAUUUGAUUUGAAAAUAUUCGCCGACCUAGAAUGAGAAUUAUCGCCUGAAAUUUCGGGAGUUUCAAGGACUGUUUAUGGCAACAUGAAUAUGGACAUGGUCAUGGCCCCUUACAUUCACUUUAUCACUGACACAGUGAUACUGUGUAUAUUUCUGCCACAGGCCCACAACAUAUUAAAUAAUUCUUGUUUUCCCUUGCUUUCGGGGGUGGAGUCUAGCUUUAAUUUUUGAAAAUAGUAAUAUCUUCUCUUUUUGUAUUUUUACGGCCAUUUUUUUGAUAAAAGUAAAAACAAACUUGCCAGAGUAGGCUGGUGGACGUGAACAGUGACAGUUCUUUUUAUCAGGGCUAUCUUGCAGCACUGCUUCAACAUGAUGUACUGUAUAGUAGUAUGGUACUCCACUCAUAAUUUGCAUUGUCUUUUGAAUUUGGACAUUUUUGCAAUGGGUACUCCUCGCAUAAAAACACGAAAAAUCACAGGGAAAAUAUAUAGAAACUGACAGAGAAAAGAACAAACUUUUUUAAAAUGCCAACAAUGUAAAAUGCCAUUAAUUGGGUAGACGAUAAAAUCAUUGAGUGCCGGCACUCUCCCCUUGACAAGUAAAAUUGUAUGGCUUUAGACAGAGUAAAAUAAUAAAGUAGGGUGCAUUGCCACUUAAGAAGUUAAUCAAAUACAUAUACACCAAGGAGAGACGAAGUGUAGGUUUUUUUGUGGUGAUCUUAAGUUUUCUCUUCUCAUUUGUAUACACAGAUUUUGCAGGACUAAACUGUGUUAAUUAUUUACUUACAGUUGGCCAAUCAUUUUUGUAAUAGCAUUGGAAUUUUACAACAAACAGCUCAAUCUAGUUCCUUUACUGGUUUUGAAAAAGAAGGUAGGUCAAUUCACUAAGCGGUUAAAGUGCACAUGAUAUAAAAAUAAUCAAUGUUUGUAAAUCGGAUAAAGAUUUGUCCUGAUUUACAUAAACUUCAGCUUGGAUUUUCUUGGCUUAAGCAAUGUUUAUUUUUAAAAUUACUUUGCCAAUAAACUCGUAAAAAGGGUCGUUUUUUAAGCAUGUUAAAACAUUCACAUCCGAUCUUUGUCUGAUAUACAAAGUUUGUGUAUGAGAUAAAGAUCAGCUGCUCAUGAGCCUCGUGUUUUAACUAGUACUUAAAAGUACCUUGAAAAUGAUGAAGAAUGAAUCGCCUUAAGAAUUUAUUUGUGCAGCUUAUCUCAUUUCCAAGUUAUCGGGCAUUUUGUAUUUUUGUGUUAUGACAUUACUAAUAUCUCAGAAGUCAGAAGUGAUUUAGAAUAACCGUUUUAGUGCAAAUUACCGAUAUAUCAAUGACCUGUUUAUGCACGCAUUUAUUAUUUUCUGAUUAUGUUCUAGACUAGCUGGUGCUUGGCCGGCCAUUCACUUUUUAAAGUUGUCGAUCGACUACUGGGUAGGGUGGGGCAACGAUUUAUUGCUAUUCGUAGAUUCAUGUACACAUAGCGUACCUAUUUUUAUUAGUGCUGUGGUGAAUAUAAACUACUGAAUUAAAUAAAAUUUUUGUUCCAAAGUGUCUACGGCCGGCAGAUGUUAGUAAAAUAAGAAGAGAGAGACUUGGUAAUUAGUACUUUGCUAUGACAACCACAUAAACGUUCCAAAAUGUUUGUUUGGUGUACUUACUAACUGUACCAAAUUUCAUUUUGUUGAAUCACUUCUGAGAUAUUAGACUUUAAUCUUCUUGCUGGCAUCCACAAAAUACAAAUUAUGCCUUCUUGACGUCACAACACAAAAUACAAAAUGCGCGAUAACUUGGGAAUGAGACGAGCUGUGAAUAAAUUGUUAAGGGUACCAUUUUCAUGGUAUUUUUAAGUGAUGCAUAAAAAAUUGGGGAGAAAUUUUCAUGUCAUGUGCACUUUGUGUAUUUUGGCAACAAUUAAUCUUAACAGUAAUUGGAACUUAAGCACCUGUGCACAUUAUAUUACCUGAAUAAGUUUCAUUGUAUUAAAUGACAAACACGACUCGUUUUGAUUCAAUUGCCAGUGUUGGCAAACUCAUAGGCUGUCAACUCCAAAUAGGUCAAAGAAUUAAAGAAAAUGAGAUAUUACUUGCAUAGACAAGGUCAAUACAAUUAAUCAAUAUUACUCAAUUGUUCACAACCAAUAAUUGAUUAGAAAAAUGGGCUGAUGGGAGUUGUUCUAAAAAAAAUAGUGUGCAGUUACUGGAGAAAAGGCUCUUGUCCAAGGUGGUCAUAUUGACUGGCAUAGGUAAAUUGACGACCAGGGCUUGCAAUAAGAUCACUGGGCCCAUCCAUUUAGUAUGUACACAAAAUUGAAAACUGCACAGCCUCCAUUCUACACAAACAAUAGAAGUGAUGUAAAUUAUAAGGUGGCUCAAUAUCUCUUAAAUGCAAGAAUCUUGAAAAAAAAAUUUAUGCUGGAUGAGCAAACUUGCGUGACCAUUCGUAUUCGUGAGAAUGUUAACAAAAGAUCUUCCAACAUGACCUGAUGUGACGAUUUUCUCAAUACACCCUUUCGAUAAUUACGUCACACAUACUUUUUGGUCUUGGAGCCUCGCUCUCAUUAGUAAAUUACGCAAGGUGAUUGGCUCACGAUUCAUGAGAGUGGGGCUCCCAGGCCAAAUGACGUAAUUAUCGAAAGGGUGUAUUGAGAGGCAUGUUGUGUAGUGUGUUGAAUGUCAAUUGCAUUAUGAAAUGCGAGUCCGGGCUCAAGUCCUACAAGACUGAUACAGUGGUAGAAACAUAAAAAAGGUUUUCUAUUUGUUGAACCGAAUGUCCUGGGUCAAUUAUACACUAGAAAAGGGGUUGGACAAUGACAAUGCAUAUACUACCAGAUGAUCUUGAUACGCGGAAAAGUACUGGCACUAGUUGUCAAAUAGAAAUCCAUUUUAUGAUUAAAACAACUGAAUAUCUCCUGUAAUAUACUUUAUUUCGAUUCCAUAUUUUUGUCAGAGCUAUAGUUCUCAUAUUAAAGCAAACAUAAUUACAAAAUUUCAACUAGUUUCAUAAAGAAUAACGAAAGAUAUAAUUGACUGAAUACAUCAAAAUGGAUUUCUAUUCGGACAACCCUUUCUGAGCGCUGAUUGGCUAAAAUACGAACACGAGAUCACCUGGUAGCUUUUCAGAAUAAAAACACUGAACUUUUUUUGUAGAUAACGACGCAAAACAAGAUAAAGUGAAUAACCAAGAAGGUAAGUCUGUUGUUAAAUACUACUUUUGUUCAGCAGACAGACAGACAAUUGCAGACAACGCAGUAUAUAUGCAAUAUAGUUUUAUGAAAUACAUGAUACAUUAUGAACAUGCGAACAUAUUAUUGAGAGGCAGACAUUUCAUAACUGCACAUACAUGUACACAGAGUCAACGGAAGUUUGGUUAGGGGAAGGUUAUUACGAUGAUUCUAUGUAUGUGUUCUGACCAUGCAUCCAAAGGUUGCCACUACAGCCUGUUUCAUCCAAGAGGAUCACUCUAUGUGGUCUGGCCAUGCGUCCAAAGAAAAUUCUUAAAUCUAGAGUCUCUGAAAUGUAUUUUCUGCUUUUGUAACAAUUUUUAUAUAUACAUAAAACUCAAGUUAGAAACUUAUAUUAUUAUAAAGCUUCUAAAAAAUCCUUUAGUUUGUUGGCCAGAAACAGCACUUUGACUUUUCACGAGUUUAUGGUAUGUUCUGUACUUACUUCUUGGCAAAGUAUACAAGUUCUGCGCUCAUUGCUCGGCCCAAUGUUCGAACUUUGGAAAUGUAACGGGGAAUAGAAAUUUCCUAUACUGCCGAACGUCAACUGUAAAAAGUUUACUCAAGCGGGAUUUGACCUCACAUCUUCGGGAGUCCUGUCCUCCGCUCUAUUGGAGGCGAGUUGCGACUUCUUACGAUGGUGUGAAUGCGUGUUUCGAUUCUAUUAUGGACCAUCUUCAGAGAAACAUAUUCAAAGAGAAAGAAACAUGUUCGAAACAUGGUGCCAACAUUUCUCUUCAUGUAAUUAGGAAUUUUUACUGCAAACCUGGGAACGUUAAAAAGCAAGCUGAAAUGUUCAAUAAAAUGACUUUAAAGUAUAAUAUUUAUAGGCCAUGCCAAGCUGUUUGCUGCAUUGAUAGCAAGAACUGCAAAGGACAUUGACUUUCUUAUUGACUCGUUACCAAGUGAAGAAUGUUCUACAGAACUUCAGGUAAGCAGUAGCCCCACUAUAGUAAUAGUGAAACAGUACAUAUAUAUUGUACACUUUAGAUCAUACCAGAUCGAGUUUAGAGAAAGUUCCGAGAAAUUUCGUUGUGUAUAGUAGUAUUACGUGUUAUUCUUGGACUCUAAAAACAUUGACGGCUCUUUCAGAUUAUUCAGGUGUUAAUUUCACUACAUUUAAAACAAAAUUGUACUCCACUUUGCGGUAUACAUGAUGGUUAAAUUUGGCUAACAUUUACUUCAGAUUGCCAGUCUAGAUAAACUACAGCAUGAAAACGAAGAAGCUGCCGAGAAGCUUGAACAAGCAGUCAAGAAAGGGGGUAUGUACUGUAUAACACAAUAGUGAGCUUAAGGUUACAGAACACCUUUGAGUGUUAAUUUUGCCUAAAACUUUUUUAUUGGUUUCCAUGAAAGCAUUAGACUAGUUCUACUAUCUGAUCAUGUUUGGACGAAAAAUGUUGAACUCGCAGAGUUAUUUAAUAAAAUACAUUUCGCUGCAAUAAGAAAAACAUUGAAAAUGUAAUAUUCAAAUUCAAUUUUCUCCCGAAGAAUUUUACGGCAAUUACUGAUUUUUAAACGAGUUGUUGCUCCUGCGGGUUUUAACGGAUUUUUCUCAAAUUUUCACAGGACGUAGCUAAAGACGUCAGUUUCAAAAGUGUGUUCGGCUUUGCUCUAAUUUUGGAUAUUUUAAUAAUAAGGAGCAAUUCACACAAACGAUUCAGAAAUAUAUUGCAGUCGUCAAAGUAAUCGCCAUAUCAGCGGAAUGACGAAAUAAACAAAAAUUUCCGAACACAAUUUUUUAGAACAACUAUUUUACUGUAUAAAAAUGAUAUUUUCAUAAAUAUAUCUUAAAACCAGCAGGAACAUAACUCAAAAGCGUAAAGGUACCGCGACUUAAGAUUUUCCCGAAUAAUUCUUACAUUAUUUUAUUGUUUGUCAAUUUCACAAUUUUAUCAUAUUCGGCAUGCACUGGCUAACAUUUGGUGAAAAUUUGAUGAAAAUCGGACUGAUUUUGAGCGCGCAGCAGCGAUUGUCCGCAAAACGCCAAAAAGGAACACCGCGGAAAAACGUCUGCGCAUGCACCAAAUUAUGAAAAUAUGGCGGGGAAUUUGAAUAUCAAUUUCUAAAACAAAAACAUGCUUAUUAAUAGGUCAAAAAUUAGUAAAACAAACGAGAAAAUAUAGACGAAAAUUUUUUAUAUUUGGCGACACAGUUUUUUUUAAAGAAAUGUAUCUCAAACGAAAAUUCGGAAAUUGUCGUUGCUUAGUUGAUAAACAAAAUGUUUCAGACGAUAAAUUUGUCAACAAUUACCUUGAGUUCAUGUUCUUGUGCAAUACAAUUUUUUGAACCUUCUGGCUGUAUUUAUUCCUAGUUUUUAGAAUGACAUGUUUAUUAUUGCGCUCGAAAUCUGGCUGUAAAGACGCACAAUGAAGUCACUCCUUUUUACCGCCAUUUUGCGCCUUCGGAAACGUUCGGAACAGCUUCUCAUCAAGUUCGCAAUUCUAUUACAGGUAAGGUUGACACAUGCGCAGACGUUUUUCCGCGGUGUUCCAAAAAGGGUGUCCUGUAACCUUAAGCAAGCGACGUUUUUGUCAACACGCACGUCACCCGAAAAUUGACGGUGUUUUGCAUCAUAGCGUUCGUGCAAGGAAGCAAAAAGUUUUAAAAAUUUUGAGUUUUGUUAUAUGUGUAAAAUUGAAGAUGAACAAACUGAUACAAACACAUGCAGUUUUUAAUCCAGUCCCUCUCCAACCUCGUCCCCAGUGUCUUCCUCGUUAUGGCGCGCGAGCUGAGGAAGAUACUUGGUAAAAUACGCUGAAAUCUCCAAGAUUCUUGGAGAUUUAUCGCAUGCGCAGUAACGACAACGUUAUGUUGCUGACUACAAUUAGCGCUGGCGCUUACGAUUUUCUUGCUUAAAAAUAUACAUAUUUUGUUUAUUUUUAUGUAUUUAUUCUCAAAGUUUUAACAAAUUUUGCGAAAAAUACUUCAGAUAUAAGCUGUGAACACACUUGUACACAAAACUGUGCAACAUUCAUCAUUAUAUUGUAUUAAUUUGUCGGAGGAUGGCGCUCAUAUUUGUAACAUUGUUUUGUUCGCUUUGGCAACCCUCGUAUAUAUUAUAUGCUGUUCGGCUUCAUAUUCAAACACUGACAGUGUUGGAAUAUGAAAUGAUAUUGAUUGAUAGUACUGUAUAUCAAGGUACGUACUGUACAUUUAUACUGAAUUUAUUUUCACACGAGUUUCAAACUAUUUCUGCCUUAUAAUGAACAGUGAGAACACAUCACUAACAUACUGUCAUACAGAAAGACUCCAUAUCUUCUCAUCAAUUAUGAUUAUUGUUACAAGUAACAGUAGAAAUGUUUUUAAAAUAUAUUCUGUUUUCUAUGUAAAGCAGAGCAGCAUGCUUUUAUUUUGCUUUGGUGGUAGUCACCACUCGCCAAGUCAAAUGGCCAUUCCAUUUAAUAGCCCCCGUAUUGAGGUCUGGAUAUCCUAUGGGGGAGAAGGGGUGUUACCUUAAAUUUUCCUAGAGGGUAGCUUAUUAAGAGAUUUCCCAAAUAUUAGGUGUUUUAGUGAUAUCUAAGCAGACAGGAACAAUAUCCUAAAGGGGUAGAAAGAUAUCCAUGGGGGUUCCAAAAUUGCAUCCAAUAGGGUUCCAAAAUUUUUAAGGGGAUUCAGAAGGGACCCCUUAAUAGGGUGUGGGGGGAUGUAUAGCAAAGUAUUGGAACUAGGAGUAUAUCAAAUAAGUUGUUCAUUCAGUCAAGACCUUGAGGUUGUGUUGAUCAUCAUGUCAAACUCCAUUCCAUAUUGCCUUUGCCUCAAAAACAUAUAUACAAAUUAAGAAGUUGUUGCAGCACACUGGGCCAUUCCAUUUAAUAUAUAGUUUCACACACCCUAUUGAGAGGGUCCCUUCUUGAUCUCCUUAAAAAUUUUGGAACCACAUUGGGUGCAAUUUUGGAACUUCCAUGGAUAUCUUUCUACCCCUUUAGGAUAUUGUUCCUGUCCCCUUGGAUAUCACUACAGGGCUUAAACCUUUAUCCAAGCACUUUUGCUGACCCCCGUUUUAGAAAAGAAGAUUCAGUUUUUGUGACGCACGAGUGUAGCCCGAGGGGUCUAGGGGCAAAGUCCCUGAAAGCUUUUACUAUUUCAGCAUCUUAAGGAGCUGUUACACUAUGCAACUUGUCUUGCAACUUGUGUCGCAAUUGCAAGGUUAACAUGUUACACCUUGCCGGCUUGCAGUUUUUGUAAUAUAUACAUUGCAAUCAAUGUCUCGCAACAUUUUUGUUGCGAAAAGUAGAACCUGAUUCUACUUCGUGCAACGCUUGCUGCAACAAAAUUGCGAGACAAGUUUCAAGACGAAUUCACGUUGCUUGAAUGUAACCGCGUGGUUUGUGAAUGAUGUAAUCUUAUGUAAACAUUGCGCAAUACCAAAGAGGCUAUACAUCGAUGUACUCGUAUUCGAGCGUAUUUUUUCUGCGGCUUUUUCACUCUUCCAGCUCAAGGUUGUGUAAAUUUUAGAUUUUAGUUCGAAAAAUUUACUUUCUAUUUGUAAUAUUCGUUAUUCUUCAAUCAUUCCAUUUCAUUUUGUGCUGAUUUGAUCGAAAUUUUUAUCCGCCAGAAGUCCAAACAUGCAUGCCAUCUAAGCACGGUGGUCACAAGACAUAAAAUAUACAAUAGAGGUAGCUUUAUAACAUAAACAUGUCGUUUUACCUAUAACUUUGUUUCUUGGAAUUCCAAAAACUAAAGCGAGUGAAAAUGAUUUUUUGUUGUUUUUUUCUUUUCGUUGGGGGAAAGAUUCAGUUUAAAAACUCAAUCCAAGAUUGAGUCUUGACCUCCGUUUACCGGAGGUCAGUUGGUGCUUGGAUAAAGCCCUGCACUAUAUAAAACACCUAAUUUUUGGAAAAUCUCUUAAUAAGCUACCCGCUAGGAAAAUUUAAGAUAAAACCCCCCUCUCCCCCAUAGAAUAUCCAGGCCUCAAUACGGGGGCUAUUAAAUGGAAUGGCCCAUUUGACUUAGUGAGUGGUGACUAUACCACCAAAGCAAAAUAAAAGCAUGCUGCUCUGCUUUACAUAAAAAGCAGAAUAUAUUUUUAAAACAUUUCUACUGUUACUUGUAACGAUAAUCAUAAUUGAUGAGAAGAUAUGGAGUCUUUCUGUUUGUGAUGUGUUCUCAGUGUUCAUUAUAAGGCUGAAAUAGUUUGAAACUCGUGUGAAAAUAAAUUCAGUAUAAAUGUACAGUACGUACCUUGAUAUACAGUACCAUCAAUAUCAUUUCAUAUUCCAACACUGUCAGUGUUUAUUAAGUCGCAUUUGAAGCCGAACAGCAUCUGAUAUAUACGAGGGUUGCCAAAGCGAACAAAACAAUGUUACAAAUACGAGCGCCAUACUCCGGAGAUAAAAAUCCCCAUCUACACAAAUUAGAUCUGCUGCGUCGCUCGCUUCAGGCUCGCUCGCUUCCGCAGCCAGAGGCGCCGGAAUAUCGAUAAUUGGGGGGGGGGGGGCGGAUAUUCAUAUAUUCGUGUUCUGCCCAAUUAAUUUCUUUUGAAAUCGAUUGUUUUUACAGUCUAUGAACACAAAAAUAUGAAUAUCUGCCCCCGCAAUUAUCGAUAUUCCGGCGCCUCUGUCCGCAACAAAUGUCUCAUUCAUGUUCCAAAUUGUCCAAUAAGGGACCGGUCAAUAUUUAUGGCGGGGGGGUGGCACCGAAGAGAAAAGGGUUGGGUAAACAAAAUUUUGAGUGAGUAAAAGGUUGGGUAAAUGAAAAACAAAACAACUCAGGGGUUGGGUAAUAAAAAAUUAUUGUCAUUUCCAAAGCAUGAUUCACUGAAAUAUUGGAGACUAAAAAGCAAUGUCAACAGUAGUCAGUCAUAUGUCAAUACAAUACCGUAUGUGAAUCAAUCAGAGUGACUAUCUCUUGAUCAUUUUCCGAUUUGUUGGGAGACAAAUGGUACCUCCAAAGAAAGUACAUGUGCAGACAACAUGAAACUUUAAACUGCAGAAAAUUUUACAAUCCGUUAUCAAACUCAUGUGACAGAACGUCACACUAUUGUAAAGUUUUUGGCCAGGGGUGGGUAUUUAUUUUUAAAUUGAUAUUUGAGGUUGGGUAAUCAAAUUUUUUACUUUUUAAUGGUUGGGUCAGCAAAACUUUUGCCACGAAAAACAUUUCUCUUCGGUGCCACCCCCCACCUUAAAUAAUGACCGGUCCCUAAUAUGUGCGUAUUUUAUCGCUUGGGCAUUUUAUAAGUCAAAAUACUUUAUUUAUUGAGGGUAAAAACACCGUUACUGUUUUACACCGUUAUUGGUGUUACAUUUACUAAAGCAUGCACUUCUCUAAUAUAUGGACACUUCGUUUGUUCUGUUCCUUCAGACUCAGUGUUCGUUCCCCUGCAGACUUCGUUAAACAUCGUUUAACUGUCGUGAUGUUAUUUCGUAGAAGCGGUACUAGAAAUGUUGCAGAAUGCUUUAAAAACUAUGGCAGAGAGGCAACUGGAUUCUGAAAGAGAGGUUCUUGAAAAGUGACUCGUGUGCUCAGCCAGGAAAUAAAGUGGAUACAAAGCUAAAGUGGGUAUUGUACCAGAUGUACAAUUUGGAAACAACCUUGAUGUGAAUGGAAUAGUUGAAGGUCGUAUCAGAGAAGUGAUAUUAGCUUACACAUGUGCAAUAUAUUUGACGAUUCUUGAUACUAGAUCUGCAUUCCACGAUGUGCACAUACGAAAAGACACAUACUGUACUGGAUACUAUAUAUAACAUGUAUGUAAUGUAAACUGUACAUAAUGUAGCAUACUCCCGCCUGCUAAAAUGAGAUUUCCAUGUGUAUAUUAUGCAGAAUUAUGCAUUCAAUUUUUCUACAUAUCCGCGAAAAAUGCAACUGUAUAUAUAGGCCCUCUGAGAGUAAUUAUAUAUAAUCGAACUUGCGGCCCAGGGAUUCCGCUGUACCGCUGCAAAUAUUGAUACCAAAAUUCGGUUCUUUGCCGGAAAAACACAUAUAUUUCGACCUAAAAACGGAAAUAUUUCGCGCAAAAAAAUGACUGGGGCCCAACAAAAAAAUUCUAGGGGCCCCCAGAACCUCGCGGCCCCGGGCAAUUUGCCCCAUCUCGGCGUGCCUGAUCUAACUGGAUACUGAUAUAUAAUUAUAUCGAGUGAGUUGCCCAAAAUCUAUAAAAAGUAUACUGUAUUAUAUACCAAGUGUCAAAGUAAAAAAAAAACAAAAAAAAAAACGAGAAACCCCAUAAUUUUUCUCCAUAACUGAAUGAUUUUAUUAUUCACCGCUCAGAAGACAUUGAAAUUUCACGGCGGGCACGGGCCCAACCUCGUUCCCAGGCUCUUGGCACGGGCAAUGAGAUGUAUAAGAAUACGUGACAGUUAAUUAUUAUAUUAUAAUAAUUUAGAUGAUGCUAAUUUGAGUCGCUCCACACCGCGGGCAAGCUGAAUCGAACCUGUGGUCUUCGGUUCGCUGGUCCAAUGAUCUACCAACCGAACUACAGGGUCAAUCCAUUCGAGGUGAUAUUUCCGAACUUAAUCUAGUUCCUAUAUGAUACCUGUACAUCUUAUAUCUGAGUUUCAGCACAUACAGAUAUCGAGAGGACUGAGUUUGGAAAUAUCACCAUGCUUUCAAGUUAAGCGCUUUUGUGCAUACAGUAUACGCACGGAAAAGUUUAAAUCCAUUCAAAAGUUACUUAUGAAAUACCUAAAUGAAUGGAAUGACAUAAUUUAGUUUUGUUUGUGAUACUUAACUGGAAAGCUGCCCUUACUCGAACCCUCGUGGCUCGGUUGGUAGAGCUUUGGGAUAACAAACAAAGGUCGUGGAUUAGAUUCCCAAUUCAUCAGUACAAGAUGCAUGUGGAGCAACUCAGAGUCUCAUCUUUAGCCUGGUUCACACUAAAGAUUUUGUUGACGAUUUUCUCUUUCUGGCGGAUGCGAAUAAAUGAACUCGUACACAGAAGUAUAGAAUCGCCUGUCGGAAGUAUACAUUUCCAAAUCUUUUGCAUGUCACUCAUUCAAUCACAUCCGCCAGGAGGAGAACAUGGCCGUCAAAAUUGCUAGUGUGAAAGAUUAGUUUCUUGUAAUAAUCUUGAACUGUUUGUGUCAGUGUAGGUAGUGCCAAGGCCAAAAAAAAAAUAUGUGGGUUUCCGGUUUCCCGACCCUACCUAGCUUUUGGACGUCGAAAUCCCGACCCUAAACUUUUUUAUUGGAUCAUGCUUGUAAGUGUUUCCACUUAGACGAAAAAGUUUGUGGAAAAUUGAAAUUUGUGGCAAUAUUAGGGAAAAUUAUCUUUGGAUGUGGAAGCACUGACUAAACAAAAUGGCGUCCGCUUAUUCGGAAAAUUAAAAGUUAAAACCGAGCUACCCUACCUAAGUUUUUAUAAGUAGAAACCGGAAAUCCAUAUAUUUUUUUUUUGGCCCAAUAAUGUGAACAAGUUGUCGUUAGUAGGGGUGCAACUACCUGAAAAAUAUAAGGAGAAUUUCGACGUUUCGAGCGAAGGCCGUUCGUCUGGAGUUCCGGAGUUUGAAGUAUAGUUGCAUCCCUAGCAAUUACGAAAGCUUGUUCAUAGUUUCUUGUAAUCCUGCUCUGAAUAGUCAAACGCAUAAAUGAACUCGAGUACAGGUGAAAACAUAACUUUCUGAUGCAUGUUAGGACUUUAGGUAUGGGAAAAAGGAUUUUAGAAAACAAGAAGUGUUAGUAAUUGUGACAUUCGCUAGUAGUGGAAAAUAAUUUGCAAGUUUUUUUGUGUAAAGCCCCAGCUCAAACGAGGAAUGAGAGUUCAUACGAGUUGGCAGUCACGUGACCUUGGUUAGCUGUUCUUAGGGGCUGAUUACAUGGAGAGUUUUCAGCCUGGGCUGAGUUUCAUCCCGGUUUCCCGGGCUGAAAUUUCAGCCCGGCCAAUUUCAGCCCGGCCUAAGGAUAAAAUCCUAUUAAAAUAGCAAGCGAUUACGUGACCAAAAUUCCAGCCCGGGCUGAGUUUCAGCCCGGCCUGAAAUUUCAGCCCGGUUGGGGCUGCCCGUGCUGAAACUCAGCCCGGCAGCAUGUAAUCGCAAAUAAUUUCCGCCCGGGCUAAAAAACAACCGUUUUUGCCCAAUGGCUUUAUUUUGCGUGUUUGUUUGAUCUUUAAAUACUUUACAUAUAUACAUGACUUUACACAAGUCAAAUAGUCGACUAAUCAGCGUCUGAUUGCUUUAAAGAAGCGUAACAGGCUUAUUGUAUUAUUGCGUGACACUCAGAUUAUUUCAGCUCGGGUUGACUAUAAAUAUAGCUAUGACUAAACUCAUCCCGGGCUCAAACUGCUCAUGUAAUCGUCAUGCAAUUUCAGCUCGUGGUUUAACCGGGCUGUAACUCAGCCCGGGCUGAAAACUCCCCAUGUAAUCAGCCCCUAAUGCUUUCACUAUAUUUCCCAACAUGUAUUCAUUGUAUUUAAGUUGAAACAUAGUUGGAACACUCGUCAAACCUUUAUUUUCUUAAUCCUAUCCUCGUUUGACUGGCCCUCACAAUCAUUCGUAAUUACACUAUAUGGUCAGUAAUUACGUCGCAUGUGUCAGGAAAUUGUACGAUUGAAAUAAGCGAAAUAAUGUAAUGAACUCCAUAUUUAUUUGAUGACGUUUUUUAUGUUUUCAUUACCUACCUCGUACCCAGGUCCCAGGUGGCAUAUGCGAUACUGUAACGCGUGCACCAUGAACUGGGGACUAGUCUGUACAAUAUCAUAGUGGUAUAUUGUCCAGACUAGGAAAAUAUGUUUAAUUGGCUCGGUUUCGAAGGCUGAAUAAAGUUUUUGACAACGAUUAAAACCAUCUAGUACAUACCCACUUAAACGGUAAAUCGCGUAUUUUGUGCUCACGAUGAGCGGAAAAUAUAUAUUAUCGAAAAUAUAUAUUUUUAAAUUAGUUUUGCUUAUCAAAAUAUGAUAAACUCUAAAUUUGUCUCAAUAGAAUUCGUAUUCAUUCCUGUAUAGCAUUACAUAUACAUAUAUACAACAUGAAAAAUUGUUUAUUUUUUGAGCAUGCAAUUAAGAUAAUUACAGUAUUGGUCAUAUACUAUAUUAAUUAUUAAGUCGUAUAUAGAUUUUUUAUCAAUGGAAAAUCUUGGCAAAAAUAACAUUUACAUACUGAAGAAACUUGAAACUUUAUUGAAAAUAGUUUUAUUUAUUUAUAAUAUUAUAAAAGUUUUGAAUUUGGACCAACUAUCCGUCAAUAAAAUACAGAUGAAAUGUACACUUAUAGAAACGAAAUUAUGGCGACCUCGACAGCAGUUACUUUAUUUGUGAACUCAUUAGUCAUUCGUAUUAAAAUUGAGAAGAAAAGCACGGAUGACCAAUCUCUAUUUAAACAAUACACCUCAUUUCCCACCAAUUACCAGACGCUGUUACAACCUCAUUAACAUGUGAGCAACAAUACAUUGUCCACUUGUGGUGGUCACAUGCCCUAGCCGCUAUUCGGCUGGUUAUUUUUGCAGGUUUCUGCUGGUUGGUUUUGCACGUUCAUGGCAUAAAUUGCGCAUGUGUAUAAUGAUUUUCUUUAGAAUCCUAAUCGCUGACAUUUACACAGGGUUAGCCCCUGGAACGAGUCCUAUCUACAAGAUGGUAGACAAGGUUAUAUAUACACCAUAGUUGCUCUAGUCAGGGUGGUCAACUGGGAAUGCAACUCAACUUAGGCAAAUAACGAACAGGCGACGCGAGCUAGUGUACGUGACGACGUUAACAGACUAACGUUUGCCUUCAAUGUUGUCAAGGUUUCUUGCAAUCGAUCCUAAAUGUGUUUCAGUUUUCUUCUGUAAUCAAUCAAUAGAUGCACAACCGCAUCAGUUAUAGAAUAUCUUCAUGUUGGUAAUGAUUAUUGAAUCUAGGCGAAUUAAAAACAUUUGCCGCUUCCUGGAUUGCCAACUCGCGUGAGGGUUGAUUGAGUUAUCAAUUGAUAUUAUACCUCAUAUUCAAAUUGUCCAAUCAAAAACAGCAUUUGUACCACGUGACAAUGUGAUUUUUUACGGUAUUUCACUCAAAUUCAUGAUUUCGCAAUGCAGCGUGAGAUACUGUAAUAUCCCGCGGUAGAUCCAGUGGGAUAUUAUAGUAUGUGACGCCUGGAUACCACACUCUGAAACAAUAUGGCGUUCGCUAGCUGUUGUUUGUCAGAAGAUUUAUUGAUUUAACCAAAGACUUUCAAGACGUAUGUUACCUUCAAUGAUCCAAAGGGGAUACAUGCUCAAAUAUUUUAAAGACAAAACGUCAAAAACUAUUGUAUUCGCUUGGUUAAUAUAAUUAAGUUUAUUCUGAACUUAGUGGGUUCUUUAACUUUCGGUAUAAUAUAUCAUUUAUAGACCCUCCGCUCGGAGGAUUCGUCGAAAUAUUACCCUCGGUGAUGAUAUUACCCUCGGUGAUGAUACUAUCAUCACUUCGGGUAAUAUUCCGCCGAAUCCCUUCGCUCUGGGUCUAUAAAUGAUAAUUAUACAACAUUGAAUAUCGCAUGAUUUCACUAUGGUGGAUUUCACACGUAUUGGCAAACCUAUUUCUUAACCUUCCCCCCCCCCCCUGCCUGCAAAUCUAACCAGCCAAAUCCUAUCACUUUCAUUUGUGCAAGUCUGGUUAUGUAGUGUUUAAACGUUCUAAAACUCGAUAAAAAAUGUUUGGAAAGUUAUAUCUUUAUAGUAAAACUAAUUCAUACCUCUAACGAUUCAUUUUGUAACGAAUUUAAAAAUCUAUUCUCAUAUAGUAUAUUAAAUAUUCUAGCUUCAAAAUUGGCUCAUUGACAGUGAACUCACAAGGAUGCCCUAUCCAGUCCUAGUUUCCCGCCAGAAAUUAUAGAUUGGUCUAGCUCUCAAACGAAGAGUUUCAGUCACAAAAAGGUAAAAAAUAUUUAAAAGCUGCUUGAAAUUUUGUGUCUCUUUCAACAUGUUCUUUUGAAAAUAAGAGGGAGGUUACGCUUCACGUUUGAGGGCGUGGAAAACGGCGGAGUCCUGUUUCCUUGGCAGAGUUUUCAUUUAACUUCUUCACUUUAUAUUUCUUUUCUUACGUCAAAAGAACCGUUAUAGGUUUACGUUUCAGAAUAACAGGUUCAUUUACUCGACUGCCUUAUGGCGUAAAAAUGUUUUUCGCCCGACGAUUGUCGUGUGAACGCGCAGCUUAAACUCCCUAAUAUCACAAUUCUAAGCAUUAAGUUCCUCUCUGCAUGGCCUUAAAUCUUGAAUAAAAUAACUAAACUAUUUUUAAUGCUGUCACUUAUAAGUUUCUUGAUUUAGUUUCCUAACAAAACAAAACAAAACUCCAAUUGAUCAAAAUCUUAAACAAAAAUAAAAUUUUGGAAUUCCUGAUCAACGCAUUUACAGUUGGGAAUUUUCUCGCCAACUCUCAUCCACAGUCCACUGCAGCUUUUCGAAUUUGUCGCGACCCAGGAUGUAAAAUUACCCACAAUUCCCUCUCCUUUACAGAAACCAUUAUCAUCCAUUAUGGCAGGUUGACAUUCAACACACAUUGGCUUCGAUAAUUUGAGUUUCUCUGCCCAGGUUCCUUUACAAUCUGGAUGUUUCGACAUAAGCUUGAAGUUGACACAAUGACUACGGAAGCUGGGGAAAAUA